GCAAAAAAAUAAUGCUGAAUUCGGGAAAAGUGCUUUUAAAGCACCAGCAAAUCGUCCUUUUUCUGAUUCGUGCCGUUCUAGAAACGCCAGAUCAAGAUGCAGUUGCAGAGGUCGGACCCCGGGAAACCAUCCAAGAUGUUAAGGUCAAGUUCGCCGCCCUGGAGUGCAUCGAGGAACCGGCCCAACUGGUGCUGUCCUGCGAGGGCAUGCUACUCGCCCACGACUCGCUCGUGUCCGCCCUCGGCUCGGCCGAACUCGACCUGACCGUGCCGCUGCUCGGUGGUAAGGUACACGGUUCGCUGGCCCGUGCCGGCAAUGUCAAGGGCCAAACGCCGAAGGUCGAGAAGAAGGAAAAGAAGAAGAAGACCAGCCGUGCCAAGCGCCGCAUCCAGUACAACCACAACUUUGCCAACGUGGUGCAGGCCUUCGGUCGCCGCCGCGGUCCGAACGCCAACUCGACGUAAGCUGCUCUGAAUGGU